AUGGACAAAUUGCACGAGACUUUGAUAAACAUGGAAGAUGGUUUGGGUUCGGAGCAUCCCGUCUGCUUAUCUCCCUGGGACUGGAAAAACAAUGCCGGGGCUUUUGAGCUGAACCAGGUCUCGUCUCCUCACAGCUUAUCCCCAGCUCCUUCCUUCGAGUCCUACUCUCCUUCCCCUUGCCCGGCGGCGAUCGAGACCCCUUACCGCAGCGGCAGCAGCAGCAGCAGCCUGGUGGGAUACAGCCUGGAGGACUUCCCCACCGCCUACCUGCCGAGCCCCGGGCAGGCCCGGCUCCCCAAGGGCACCAAGGUUCGCAUGUCAGCCCAGCGCAGGAGGAAAGCCAGCGAGAGGGAGAAGCUGAGGAUGAGGACCCUGGCGGAGGCUUUGCACACUCUGCGCAACUACCUGCCUCCUGUCUACAGCCAGAGAGGCCAGCCUCUCACCAAAAUACAGACCCUGAAAUACACCAUCAAGUACAUCAGCGAACUGACUGAUCUUCUCAACAGCGUGAAGCGGGCAUAGGCCCCCAGCUUGAGGAACCCGCCCUGGGAAAGCUGGGAUUCUGCCUUUACAAAAAAAUCCAGCGAAACUUCUCCCUCGCAAGAAGACCAUGGUGUGGUGUAGGGGAGGAGGACGGAGCGCGAGGGAGGGAGCGCGAGGGUGGCUGUCGUACAAGGGAUGGAGCGCUGGAAGGUGAUGUAGGACUGCCUAAACCCGAGCUGCAGGUUGCCGAGCUGGAAGUCUUGCUUUCUGCUUUUUUAUGUCUUGCUUUUUAAUAAUGAGCUUCUAAGAAAUAUUAAACCUAGUCUGAACCAAAAGUCAAAAAAAGCCAACCGAUCCUACUAGGAUGUACGUAUCACUGUUCUGACUGGUAUUCUGUUUUAUAAGGACAAUGGUAAACCCAUAGAUUUUAAAGUGAAUUUAAAAAAAAAAUAUAACACCACCACUAUAGGAAUACUAAAUGUAUUGAUCUGUAGGCACUUU